GUAGAGCGCGAGCGCAGCACACACUGCUGUCAGUCAAGCGUCUCCAGAGCAACAGUUUUACAGCUUAUGACUGCACACAGCAGCCGCCACAACCAAGAGACAUGAAUCUGAGUCCAUCUGAACAAAGCAUGCACAAACCGAGCGAGGACUGCACGGAGGUCAAUAAAGCCGAUCUCCUAGCCCCCUGUUUUCGUAGAAACGCAUAUGAUGAAACCCUCACGUCUUACCACAACGGCUCCAUUAUAUCUCACCUACUGCGUAAAACUAUUCACAAUAAACUGACAGCCCUCGACAGCAACCUCCUUUACUUGCCGACGGCUAACGUUUCCGGUACCAGCAUGGUCGAUUCUGAAUCCAGCGUGACAGAUUUUUCUCAAGACACUCAGAGCUGCAUGUCCUUCAAAGACAGAACCGAUGACCUGUCCUGUGGAAGUCAGAACUUGGGUACAGACGUCGAGUCUCCGUUGACCGAGCACCUCCAAGCGAAGCGUGCACGGGUGGAGAACAUUAUACGAGGCAUGGCUGGCUCACCCAAUUCCAGGUCACACGAAGAAGGAGAUGAAUGCGAAGCCAUGCGCUGUAGACGAGACGCUCUGAAGGAAAACAAGCGUAAACAGAGACUUCCUCAACACCAGGAACCCAGUCAGAUCAAUGGGCAACCAAGCAUCAAAAACAACCGUGCUAAGACGAGCAAAGACGAGGAGUGUCACAAACUGAAGGAGCAGCUCCAGAGCAUGCAGCGCCUCCUCCAUCAGCUUCAGGAGAAGAUCUCUCACGUCUACGACCAGAAUUACUGUGGGAAUGAGGAAAGGGAACAUGAUCGUGACAUCCGGGAAUCUCUGAGUUUGAGCGUCAUUGGAAAACUCAACAAAAGUCUUGGCACCAUCGCAGGGAGCAACAAAGACAAACUGAACGUGCAUGAUAACGGUUUUACCUCAGACAGGGAGGUGAAGAACCUCCAGGAGACUCUGAAAUGUGAACUGACCAGGACUGUAAGUGAAACCAUUGACACGGUCUUCAGAAAACACUCGAUGGCUUUACUAACGCAGUCAUCACAGCCAUGUCAGAGUCCAGCGCACUCAGAAACGGAGAAGCAAACUCAUGGAGAUUCGCCUCCGGAGAUCUCGGACUCCGACGAAAUGACCGCAGAGCGCUUCGAGAGCACACCUGUCAACAGCCCCGAACACCAGACCGAAGCUCUGUCCCUUGUGGUUCGUAAACCUUCCCUGAAUCAGUUCAACUCGGUCAGCCAGGGUAUAAAGAGACCCUACCCGCUCCACCAGACUCCUUUCCAGUUUGGCUACAAUGCUCCUUUUCAUGACAGUCAGAUCCUGGAGCACCUUUUGAAAUAUGGACCUCAUUCGACCUUCUCUACACUCCCCUGUCUGCCUCCAUCAUUGGAAAGGUCAUCACCAGACUCCAUGGAUCAUACCUGGGAAACCAUGAGAUCCAAGGUAACCUCCAGUCAUUUGACUUCGCACCAUCGGCCCGGACCUCCUGGACUUGUGGCGGUAGAUACGCUCUGCCUGCCGCAUGUUAAAAUGGAGUGCGGUGAUCUUCAGAGUAUGGCGGAGAGAAGCUCUUUCAUCUCACUCAAUAUUCAGGAGGGUCUGACCCCAAAUCACCUGAAGAAAGCCAAACUCAUGUUCUUCUACACGCGCUAUCCAAGCUCAAACUUACUCAAGAACUUCUUCCCUGAUGUCAAGUUUAACCGCUGCAUCACAUCUCAGCUGAUCAAGUGGUUCAGUAACUUUCGGGAGUUUUACUACAUCCAGAUGGAGAAGUUUGCGCGUCAGGCCAUCACUGAUGGUGUUAAUGAUGUGAAGGAUAUAAACGUCAACAGAGAGUCUGAACUCUUCCGUGCCCUCAACAUGCACUACAACAAAGCCAAUGACUUCCAGGUUCCAGACAGAUUUUUGGAGGUUGCUGAAAUCACACUUCAGGAGUUUUACGGUGCCAUUUCUCUGUCCAAAGACUCCGAUCCUUCAUGGAAAAAAGCAAUCUACAAAGUCAUCUGUAAACUGGACAGUGAUGUUCCUGAGGAUUUCAAGUCUCCUUCGUACAUGUAGACAGAGAGAGACAUUUUAAUUUAAAACAACAUUUAACGUGUUUUGAUUUAGAAAGAAUUUGCAUAUGUUGAGACUGACUACUACACAAUGUUUAUUGUCAACAGUUUCCCUAGAUACUGUUAUUAUGAUUAUUCAUUUGAAUUAAUGGACAU